CCCGGUGCUCCAACAUGGCGGAGCUUCAGUAGAGAAAUGUUAAAAAGAGAGCUGAGCUCAGUGCGCCGGUAAUGUGACUGUAAACACCUGCAGCGCCCCGGGACACUCUGAUCCUCUCACAGGACGGAAAUAAAGGCCGAGUCAGCUCAUGAUGGUAGGGUAUGACCCAGGCAGCACCACCCUCUCUCCGGAGGACGCGGCCCUGGCCGGCUCAGCAGCAGGCCUCGUGACCCGCGCCAUCAUCAGCCCGCUGGACGUGCUCAAGAUCCGCUUCCAGCUACAAGUGGAACGCGUCUCCUCAUCCAGGCCUGAAGGGAAGUACAGCAGCAUUAUGCAGGCAUGGCGUUGCAUUCUGGGAGAGGAGGGACUGUCUGCAUUCUGGAAAGGGCACAUCGCUGCUCAGAUGCUCUCCAUCUGCUACGGAGCCGUGCAGUUUGCAAGUUUCCAAGCCCUCACUGAACUCGUCCAUAAAAGUACGUCCUAUGACAGCCAAGCAGCUGACAUUCACUUCCUGUGUGGGGGAAUGGCCGCGUGUUCUGCUACUGUGGCCUGCCAGCCGCUCGACACACUCCGUACACGCUUCGCUGCUCAGGGAGAACCCAAGGUUUACAGGACUCUCCGUCAUGCUGUGAGCACCAUGUACGUCCAAGAGGGGGCGCUCACCUUCUACAGAGGCCUUACCCCCACACUGGUGGCUGUGUUCCCCUACGCCGGCCUCCAGUUCUUCAGCUACAAUAUCUUCAAGAAGAUGCUGGAACACGACGGCAGGACAUCUAAAGGUGGGCUGCAGAGCUUUGUGAGUGGCAGCAUAGCCGGAGUCAUCAGUAAAACCCUCACCUACCCCUUCGACCUGUUCAAAAAGAGACUGCAGGUCGGUGGGUUCGAGAAGGCCAGAGUGCACUUUGGACAGGUCCGGACCUACCGUGGAUUCAUGGACUGCGUAGUGUGCAUCGCUCGAGAAGAAGGACUAGCUGCCUUCUUUAAGGGUCUUUCUCCCAGCCUGAUAAAGGCGGCCAUGUCUACUGGCCUCACCUUCUUCUGGUACGAGUUCUUCACCAGCACCAUCUCCAACCUGAGGAGGAAGUGCUGAACGGAACGGUAUGCCAGGGCGAGGGAGUAAGCCUGGACUCAGCUGCUACGUGUUCAGCUGUAAAGUGUUUCUAUGACGAGACACUCACCAGUGUUUAGGUGGUUAAAUCCGUGAGAACACUAUUGUUCGGUAACUUGUGCACAAAGACGCUUUACUGUAAAUGAGGCGAGUGAUGUAGCUAGCUGGUUAACAACAAGGUGUAGUAACGUUGCACAAAAAUAUCCAGAACGUAAACUCUUACCUCAGAUGUGUUGGCACAUUACUAAAGAAAAGGAUUUCAUGACUGAAAUUACACUUGGGAUUGAUUGAUAACUGAAUUUCCACAGGUUACAUCAUACUGAGAAACAUCAAACUUCACCACAGCUGGAUUAUUUCUAUGACUAGUUUCUUUUUCCGUAUGCAGGGAUGCCGGCUUGCUAAUUAGUUAGCGCGCUCACUAUGUGGUCGUCUUUCCAUUUAUCAAUUUUUUUUUUUUUUUGCAAGUGCUUGCUAGUUGAAGGUUUACAUUAAUGAUCUGUCAGGUAUACAUCGUCUGAUAUUGUUACACCUAUCAUAUGCAAUCAGCUGUGUAUGUAUUAAAGUGGGCGGGGUUUAAAGGUGCACUAUUUAAUGACGUUGACUUUGCACUGUAUACGAGGGUAAGGCCACUUGUUUGCUUUAUACGCACAGAUACAGUACCUCAUUCUCUUAUCCAUUUUUAUCAAUGAUAUAAAUGAGGUUUGUGUUAUUAUGUGAUCAAGUAUUUAUCCUGCAGCUUGUAUCAUCUCUCUACGCUAACAAGUGCCUCUGGGUUUAUAUUUAUGGUAGCAGUAUUAGUGGUUUCUAGCUUGUUUUAGGUCAUUUGAUUAAAUUGUUUUUAUUAAAGUGUGUGCACUGGGUUAUGUUUUGUUUCCCGAGUUGAUAAAUCCCGAUGCUACGUGUUAGCAAGAGAUACACAUAUUCUUAAAGAUGGUUUCAUGUUGUUGUUUUUUCCCCCCUCCCUUAUUUAUUUAUUUAAAUAAGGAACAUGAGGACAUCAGAAUGUUCAUUUUACCAUCCAGUCAGCUGCAUUUAAAGUUGCUUUAUAUUAUUAAAGUACUUUUGGAAAAAGUA